AGGUCUCCUCCAGCCCCGCCCGCCCUUGUUCUCUCGCGAUGUUCCCUACAGGAAGUGAGCGAGGGAGCGUGCGCUGGCCGCGGCCGUUGGCGGCGGUAGCUGAGGGGAUGUCGGCCGCGUGCACCGUGUCCCCUGAAGCACAGCCGCCGCUGCCGCCGGGCGAGCGCGAUCCUCCGGCCAAGGCGAUGCGCAGGAGGCUGAGGCAGGGACACCGGGAGGAGUGGGAGCAGUUGUCCUGGGUGGGGGAGGGUGCAGGUGGCGUCGACACCGAAGUGCCGCCGGCAGCAUCGCCGGGAGACGGGGACGGGCGUAGGCGGCGGCAGGCGCAGGAGCCGAGAGCGCUGGCGGGGACGGCUACGGCGCCUAGGGGAGAGGAGGAGGCGGAGGAGGAGCGGCUGGAGCGGGAGCAUUUCCGGAGGAUCAUCAACGCUUUCCGAUACUACGGAACAAAUAUGCACGAACGAGUGAACAGAACAGAGAGGCAGUUUAAAUCUCUCCCAGCUAACCAACAGAGUCUCCUUCCUCAGUACCUUCCUCAUCUUGACAAGAUUCGGAAGUGCAUUGAUCAUAAUCAAGAGAUACUACAGACCAUUGUGAAAGACUGCACUCAUAUAUUUGAAAAUAAGGAAUAUGGAGAAGACGGAAGAGGGAAGAUUACACCAGCUUCAACAUUUGACAUGGAUAAAUUAAAAUCCACUUUGAAACAAUUUGUGAGAGACUGGAGCGAAGAGGGGAAGCCUGAGAGAGAGUCCUGCUACCAGCCAAUCAUUAGUGAAAUUGUAAAAAACUUUCCAAAAGAAAGAUGGGAUUUCUCCAAAGUUAAUAUCCUGGUACCUGGUGCUGGGCUAGGUAGAUUGGCGUGGGAAAUAGCUAAACUCGGUUAUGCUUGCCAAGGAAAUGAGUGGAGCCUCUUUAUGCUCUUUUCUUCUAACUUUGUACUCAACAGAUGUUCUGAAAUUAACUCAUGUAAGCUUUAUCCCUGGAUUCAUCAGUUUAGCAAUAACAGAAGAUCUGCUGAUCAGAUUCGUCCAAUUUAUUUCCCCGAUGUUGAUCCACACAGUCUUCCUCCUGGUUCAAACUUCUCUAUGACAGCAGGGGAUUUUCAAGAAAUUUAUUCUGAGUGCAAUACAUGGGACUGCAUAGCAACUUGCUUUUUCAUAGAUACAGCACAUAAUGUCAUUGAUUACAUUGAUACUAUAUGGAAAAUACUGAAGCCUGGCGGAAUAUGGAUAAAUGUAGGUCCUCUCCUUUACCACUUUGAAAACUUGGGAAAUGAACUUUCUAUAGAAUUAAGUUAUGAGGAUAUAAGAACUGUUAUACUAAAAUAUGGAUUCCACAUAGAGGUGGAAGAAGAAUCUGUAAUGUCAACUUACACUGUGAAUGAACUCUCCAUGAUGAAAUACUACUACGAAUGUGUGUUGUUUGUGGUGAGAAAACCAGAAUAGAAGUGGUCUGAAUAGUUUAAUAGGAAAAAAAAAAGUUGUCUUGAAAGCUAAAAGUGAGAAUCAAAUGGACUAGGUGAUGUCUGGACACAACCUCAAAUCAAGUGGUGCCUUCUUAUUCCUAAUAGGUUUUAGAUAGUGUCUAUUUUCUUAGUAUCUCUAUUGCUAUCCAGACAUGUACUAUGCCAUGCAUAUUUGUAAUAUACUUGUGAAAAUGGAGGAGGAAGUGUUCACAUUACACUGUCUCUGCUUUGGACCGCAUUCAAAAUAAAAGCAAAGUUUUAUUCAGAAUAAAAUUUAAUGUUUGCCGUAAA